AAAAAGGAUCAAUAAAAGUAUCAAUCAGAUGUCACAGUCCACAAGAAAAGUUUGCAAAUAAUAAUUGGUCGUUGGUUCAAGCCCUUCUCUGUGUCUGACGAGUCUCCUUGGAACUUAGUCCCUCUGAGGUUUGGAAAUCUAUGGCACAAUGCAUGCCGUGAAGUUUCAGAAUUGACCCAGCUGCUGCGUUAAUUAUCACUGCUCUGUUGCUCUGUGGUGGGGUGUGGUGAUUCAAGAUAGAGGCUUUGGUUUUUCCAGAAAUUCAAGGUUCUAUAUUUUUGUGUUGAAAAUUCUUGGAUUAUGAUUCUGGCCUUGAGAGCAAAGAAAAUUUUCUUCUUGAAUUAAUGGUUGUGGAGUCGUAGAGAUUGGUAGUUUGGCAAUGAGUGUUAAGAGAACCAAUGGUUUUCAGUCCUUGUUAAAACCCUUCUGAGGUUUAAGAAGAAUUUGUCUUCCCAUUCGAGAUGGGUGUCUCUCUUUCCAUGAUGCUAAUCCUUUUCUGUUUAGAAGCCGAUUUGAUGAGCAUUGUUUCAUGUAGUGAGAGCAAUUAGAUGCUUUUAGUUUUGGGUGAAUUUCAUUGAUUGCAUUCUAAGCUAAGUGGGGUGCCUCGAAUGUCAGCUAUGUCAGAAAAGAGUAGGAUUCCCUCAAAAUUGAUCUCCUACUUGAUAACAGUUUCCGUGUUCCUUGUAAUUUUGUCAUCUGUGUUCCUUCUCCAAUCUAGCAAUACAUCUUUCAUUCCUAGAUCAGUAUUUGAGCUUAUGCUUGUCAAUGGCACAUCUGUGUACUUUGAGCCCCAUGUGAAAAGGGAACCAACUAAAUUUCCUUUCCUCUCUUCUGAGGUUUCCCAAGUAGAUGCCACGAAGCCCUUAGAAAGAAUAAGUGAGUCAGCUUGUCAGGCUUCCAAUCUGAGCGAGAAAGUGGGAUCGGCAGAAAGAAAGAAAAUGAUGGUCUGUGAUUCAAGGCAGGCUCUUUUGAGGGUAUUUAUGUAUGAAUUGCCUCCUGAAUUUCACUUUGGGUUAUUGGGUUGGAAGGCAAUAGAGAACCAAACAUGGCCACAGAACUUCCCACCUUACCCAGGCGGGCUGAAUUUGCAGCACAGUAUAGAAUAUUGGCUCACUCUCGAUCUUUUAUCAUCAAAUAACAUAAAUGUGGUCAGACAUUGUACUCUAGUCAGGGUACACAAUUCAAGGGAAGCUGAUUUUAUUUUUGUGCCAUUCUUCUCAUCUCUGAGUUACAAUCGGCAUUCUAAGCUUCAAGAGAAGGAGAAAGUCAGUGUCAACAAGAGGUUGCAGGACAAGUUGGUGCAGUUUUUAAUGAGCCAGAAUGAAUGGAAAAGAAAGGGUGGGAAGGAUCAUUUAAUAGUGGCUCAUCAUCCAAAUAGCAUGUUGGAUGCAAGAAAGAAAUUGGGCUCUGCCAUGUUCGUGCUUGCAGAUUUUGGAAGAUAUCCUGCUGAAAUAGCAAAUCUUGGGAAGGAUAUAAUCGCCCCCUACAGACAUUUGGUCACGACUGUGCCCACCAGCAAAUCAGCCACAUUCGAGGAGCGCCCUAUACUAAUGUAUUUUCGAGGAGCAAUCUACAGGAAAGAUGGAGGAGUGAUUCGCCAAGAAUUGUAUCAUCUUCUCAAAGAUGAGGAAGAUGUAGACUUCACUUUUGGUAGCAUUGGAGGAAAUGGUGUUCGCAAGGCAACCCAAGGAAUGGCCUCAUCAAAAUUUUGCCUAAAUAUAGCUGGUGAUACGCCAUCCUCAAAUCGCUUAUUCGAUGCCAUCGCUAGUCAUUGUGUUCCAGUGAUAGUCAGUGAUGAGAUUGAGCUACCUUUUGAAGACGUCUUGGACUACUCACAAUUUUGCAUAUUUGUUCGUGGGGCUGAUGCUGUAGAAAAGGAUUACCUACUGAAACUUCUUCGAGGAAUAAACAAAGACAAGUGGUCCAAAAUGUGGGAAAGGUUGAAGGAAGUUGUACAUCAUUUUGAAUAUCAGUAUCCAUCCCUGCCUGGUGAUGCUGUUGAUAUGAUUUGGCAGGCAGUUUCUCGCAAGAUUUCGUCUGUACAAUUUAAAUACCACAGAAAGAAGAGAUAUGACAGGUCUCGACUUGCUUAAGAACAAAAUGACAUCGUUCCCAUUUGAAAGUGUGAUGCAGGUCUUAACCUUUGCAUCGUUUAUGAAACAUCAAACCUUUUUGUUCGGAGUUGUAGAUAUUAUAUACUUCGAAGCUCAUAUUUUAUGCUUGAUAUAUUAUCAAAGAAAAGUUGGUUC